GGGAGUUUGUUGUGGAGUCGACACCAGCGGCCGCUCCGCUCCGCUCUACACCGUGGCCCGGGGCGCCUGUGCCGGCGCUGUGUCCCCGCCAGCCCCCCCGUCCACAGAUCAACCCACCGGGGCCUGGUCGCCUCAUGGCACCAACUACUACAGCAGCAGCAGCGGCGGCGAUGGCGAUAAACACAGGCCUCGGGGGCGCGCUCCGCCGCUGGGCCCCGGUCACGGCCAGGGCCAGGCUCGUGCCCGAGGCCGCCGCGCGCGUGCACACCGCCGUCCCCGCGCUCGCCCACAGACGGAGCCCGCUCAAGAAAUUCCUCUCCAAGACAAAGAAGAAGUUUUGGUAUGAUAGUCCUACACUGGGAUCACAACUGCUUUACAAACCCUCGAGUUUGGAGAAUAUGUUGAAACCUCAACGCAGGGUAAAAAAGGAGGACACAAUCCGAAUGAGGGCACUGAACAAAGUCCUUUAUAAAGCAAUCACAGAUCUGCUGAACAGCAGUGAAGUCAGCCCGGAGGUAUUUGACGAGAAAGUGGAGAUAUCCAAAGUUCUGUUGACUGUGGAUUUUUCAGCAUGUCGUGCCUACUGGGUACCAAGCGGUUUGCUUGAAAAAGAUAAUCGCAUUCAAAAAGUCUUAGAAAAAUAUUCUCCCCGUGUAAGACACCUUCUCAUAACUCAUCAAGUCAUGGGUUGUGUCCCACCUGUGGUCUUUGUUCGAGACCGAGAACAAGCAGCAAUUGCUGAGGUAGAGAGAUUGUUAGAAAUUGCUGAUUACGGCUCUGAAGAAACUUCUGAUGUAUCGCAAGUUUUGGACUCCAUCCAUGGGCAAUUCCCCGUAGACACUGCCUUGAAGCCUACGCAUCUAGGACCGAUACCAGUCUCAUCCCAGCGGCCAUCAUCCGAACCUGACCAUUUCGGUAUUAACCACGACUUGCUAAACAAACAAAUACUGGAAUAUAAAAAGAAAAAUACUCACCGAUUAAUGGAAACAAAUAAUUUAACAUUGUCAGAGCAGCACCUAGAACAAAUAGCUCAGCUGAAAAAAUUACGACUAAAGAAGAAGAAAUUGAAUUGCAGUUUUGACGACAUUACACCGGAGAUGUACUUGUUAGAAAAAUACAGCACAAACUCCUCAGACACAUUGUCAGAUAGAGAAGAGGAACUGAAGGAAUUAGGUGAGGACAUAAAAGAGCUAGAAUUAGAGGAAGAUGAUCCAGAAAAUCCAUCGAAAAUACCAAAAGAUUUAAAAUAAACUUUUUUUUAACAGA